AUGCGAGUGUGUUCUUUGGGCCCAAAUGAAACUCAUACGCUACCACCAGAUUUAUGUUUUCACUUUGGGAUGCUGACUGGAUUUCAUACGGCAGUACAAAUGAAAUUCGACUUGCAGAAAUCCAGCAGUGUGCGAUUAGCCCAAGAAUGUAUAAUACAGCCAAAAAGUGAAUAUGUAGCGGACGUCACAGCAUCCGAAAUUGGAAAUGCUAACAACAUUUUAUUUGAGGCCAUCGACAAGAGAACACAACAAAAUAACCGGAUUCAAAUAUGCGAUGGCUUGGUAAUAGUGAACGACAACAACUUCCGGUUAACCCUCUUUAAUCCAACAACCACAACGGUUACACUCCAGAAGAACAUGAAACUGGGCGCGAUUAGUCGCCUAUUACUGAAUACAUAUUUCUCUACGAUGAUUGCAAGUGAACAACCGAUACAGCAGGAUUACAAAGAUCACAAUUCAAACGAUCCUCCACUCGCGCUUUCGCGUACUGACAUACUCUCUCAGCAUCUGAGCGACAAUGAACAAUGGCACGCUCAACUAACAAGUGUUUUACAACACCAUCGAGCACUGUGCGACACAUCUCAACCACGAACAAUCAAGACCCCGAUUCAUCACGCCAUCAAUACCGGCGAUCAUCCUCCGACCAAUGCCAAACCAUACUUCAAGCCCGUUGAACAACGAAAGAACAUUCAACAAGAAAUAGAUAAAAUGUUAAAAAAUGGCAUCAUUAUUCCAUCUCAGUCUCCAUGGUCAUCGCCAGUCAUUCUAUUGAAAAAGCCAAAUGGAGAAUUUCGAUUCAUCGUAGACUAUCGAAAGCUCAAUUCAAUCACAAAGACAGACUCGUAUCCUCAGCCGACAAUGGAAGAGCUGCUCCAAUCAUUGGGCGGCCAUUCAUGGUUCACAAAAUUAGAUUUGAAAAGCGGCUAUUACCAAAUUCCGAUUCAACAGCAGGACAAGGAAAAAAACAGCCUUUGUCACUCAAGACGGCCUGUAUCAGUUUGA